AUGGGUUCCGAAGGAUCUUCGCAGGUUGUUGUGCCGAGGAAUUUUCGUUUAUUGGAAGAGCUUGAGAGAGGAGAGAAGGGGAUAGGUGAUGGUACAGUAAGCUAUGGAAUGGAUGAUGCUGAUGACGUGUACAUGCAAUCUUGGACUGGAACCAUCAUUGGUCCUCCUAAUAGUGUACACGAAGGGCGCAUAUAUCAGUUAAAAUUAUUCUGCGGAAAGGAUUAUCCAAAUAACCCGCCGAGUGUGAGGUUCCAGACGAGGAUUAACAUGAGCUGUGUCAAUCCUGAAAGUGGGAUGGUCGAACCCAAUUUAUUCCCGAUGCUUGCCAAUUGGCAAAGGGAGUGUACAAUGGAGGAUAUAUUGGUGCAGUUGAAGAAAGAAAUGAUGUCUCCUCAAAAUCGUAAAUUGGCUCAGCCGCCAGAAGGUAAUGAGGAUGGUCGGGUGGAUAACAAAGGAAUUGUAAUCAGAUGUUGCAUCCUCUAA